GUUGGGGCAAGCGGCAUGUUUGCCUGCUAGGAGAAAGCCGGGGGUCUUCGCGUGCUGGCCUCCCUGGGGAGGAUCUUGAGUGGGGGGCGAGCCUAAAGACCGGCGGCAUGCAAGUCUCACUAGUUGCAAUUUUUUUUUAAUGUUUGCAAUUAAUGUUUGCAAUUUAUAUUUGCAGAUCCAGCCUUAAAAUCCCAGGAUUGCAAAUCGAGCAUUGCAGUUGCAAAUUGAGCGCUUGCCAUUCAGGGUUGUAAAGCCAGCAACUGCCAUUCAGAAUGAUGAACGAGCUGGAUAUGGUGCUGGUAGAGAACACGCAAGAGUCCAGCUACAAAAAGAAGACAAAGAAGUUACGGAAGCGCCAUCGAGAAGAGCUCAGACAGCCAGUUGUGUCUUCUGAUCUGUUAUCCCAUUCUUCCCAGGAUACAGGAGACUCUCAGCCCAGCAGAAAAAAACAUAAGAAGAAAAAAUCCAGUACGGAAGCCACUGACUACCAGGCAGAUACUUCCUGGGUCAUCCCCGAGACUCAGCUGAGCGAUGAGCCUGAAAUAAACAAUUUUGUGCCCAAGAAGAAGAAGAAGAAGAUGAAACACAGACUUAAACAGGGUGGUGAUGAUGAGUUUUGGAGCCCACCAACUGAAAAAAAAUCCAGAAAACCAUCCCGAAAAGAGGACUUGGAAAAUGGGGGUGGUGUGAAGGAUGAUGAAUUUUGGAACCUAUCAACUCCCAAAAAAUCCAGAAAACUGUCCCAGAAUGAGGACUUGGAAAAUGGGGGUGUUGUUGAUGGGAAUAUGUCAUCUCUUAAGAAGAAGAAUAAAAAGAAGAAGAGGAAACGAAGGGAGGAUGUUGAUGUCUCUGAUGGACCUGCGAAAGAGAAGGUUGAGGCCACAAGUUCCCAACAAGAGGAUCAGGUGGACCUCAACGAAACAAUAGACACGCAGAUGGACCUCUUUGCCUCCUCACCUUUAUCCUUCUCAGAGAGAGCACAACUGGACCUUCUCCAGGGGAAUGGUCAAGAAGGAACCCAUUCUCCCACUGCUGAGGAUUCCGAUGCUACUCAGAUGGACCUGGAGACGGAACAGAAGCAACCUCAAUCACCGUCAAAAUUGUCCACCUCAGAAGUAAACACCAAGUUGGGUCAAUCCCAAACGGGUAGGAAACUGCGAUCGUCACGCAAACGGCCCCCUUCCGAAACAGAUUCCGUAGAUGAAGUGAGGGACUUCAGUGUUCUGAAUAAGGAACAACUGGCGGAUGCCCGAAAAGAACUAGAGGAAUUCCUCCCUCGUGCGAAGACUUUGUCGGAUGAGGCGAUCAGGAAACUGGCUAUACGGGAUCUACCCAGGUUUCGGGAAUUUAAGAAAAAAGGGCUGAAGGUGAAAUUCGGCGUCUUCUCCCAAGCGGAAAACGACUUAUUGGUAGAGAACAUGGCAGCCUUUUUGGAAAUAAGCGGGGUCGACACGGCGGAAAAGCUGCUGUUCUCGCACCGGUUCCCAGCGGAGGAAGCAGAAAUCAAGAGGCUGAAGUUGAAGUAUUCAUUUUGCGAGAGAAUCGCUCGGGGUAUCGCUCGGCCCUGGAGACUGGUGUAUUACCGGGCCAGGAAAAUAUUUGAUCCUCAGAAUUAUAAUGGAUGGUACACAAAGGAAGAGAAGAAGCAGCUUUUUAAGUAUCACGCCAUGUAUGGAAAUAGAUGGAAAAAAAUCUCGGGGCUCAUGAACCGAAGCAGUCACUCGAUUGCCUUGAAAUAUAACGAGAUGGUAGAGGUCUUCAACACCGGCCCUUGGACUCCAGAAGAGACCGGGAGGCUCCUUCAGGCGCUCAGAGAUAUCCUGAGAACGAAAGUGAGCGGGCUGGAUUCAGCCUUGGAGAAGAGGGACGGCGACGGGGCGCUCACCCUUCUGCGAGAAAAUCUCUACAAGAACAUUGGCUGGGUGAAAGUGGCAGCCAAGGUGGAGACCCGCAACUGGAGUCAGUGUAAAAAGAAAUGGAUGUCGAUCCUAACGAAGAAAAUGACGGGGAAAUCGCGGCUCAGCGGCUUGAACAACUUGCAGUUUAAGAUCGAUCUGAUUGAAAGAUUGUACGAACUGAACGUUGCUGACACCAGUGAAGUUGAUUGGGAACAGAUCGCCGGCGCUAUUGGGAACGCUCCUCCAGAAUAUGUCCAAAGCAGAUAUUACCGACUCAAGUCAUCGCAUGUUCCUUUCUGGUAUGAGAAGACUUUCCCAGAAAUUAUCGACUACCUGUUUGAAGAGACGCUGCCCGACUUGAAGAAAAACAGGAAGAGGAUGAUCCGAAGACGGAGGAAUCCGCAGGAGGAAAAGAGCUGUAAGACGUCCUUCCGGUUCAAUGACAUUUUCCAGGAUCUGCUGGAGGAGGAAGAGUUAUCUUCGGAGGAUGACAGCGAGGAAGUGACUGGAGAAACAAGUCAGGCCGAUGGCUGAGAUGCCACUGACCCUCUUCCUUAACAAAUGCCACUGACGGGGAGCAGAGAAGGGAACAUUCUGGAUAUUGUGGAAUGGGGAAAGACCACGGGGGAUUCUCCUUCGCUUCCUGCCUUUUUUUUUUUUUUUUAAGAGAGGAAAAUAAUAUAUAAAUAUAUCUGACUUUUGAUAGGCGCUGUUUCUGAGGUUUAGGAGAAUGUUGGGUUCCACAGAAGGGAAAAACCCUGUUCGGGCUCGUGGCAGAUUCUCCAUUGCUGGCAAAUGGAUUUGCAAAGGUGUGGGAUUCACACACACACACACCCCAAAAAGGGGGGGGGGAUUAGGAAACUCCCCAAAGGACCCUAGAGCUGGUAGGAUGGUGUUGACGUCUUCAAGCUGAUAUUCAAUCCUUGGAAAAGGGAAGUCUCCGGGAGCUCAGCAUGGUGCGAUUGCCAUUCUUCCAGGUUGUGUUAGCAACAGCAUUUGUGCUGAAGUCACAAGUUCUGUUUUUUUGCUUUGUGUGUGUGUGUGAAUCCUUACUCUUCUUAGAGGAACAUUGGAGUAUCUUCCCUCCAUCAGCCAUUUUUUCUCCCCAAGUGCCAAACUUCUCCGUCUUCCUCAAAAAGUCUCUUUUCUCAGGGCCAAAUCUGGUGGUAUUUCAAGCUUGCCUUUAUUAUGAGAUUUGAGCCGUUAAAUAACGCGUUUUUUUUUAACAGAACGUUGGCUUUUGCUGGGCAAACCAGCCAGGGAUUUCAGGGCUGGUCCCAAGGGCAGGAAAUCCUUGGCACAGACCAAAAAAAGAAAAAACAUUUUCAAGUUAGGUGACGUUUUUUUCCCACCAAGUAGACAACAAGCCGACAAUUCACCCCUCUUGAACUGAGCAUGAGAAAAUGUUCAGGACCAAAGUACACCAACAUCCCAUCCCAGAAGAGAUUGGACAGCCAUUUAUCUGGAAAGGGAUAGAUAGGAUCUCCUGUUUGAGGGGGAGGUUGGAUUAGAAACCUCCCAAGAUCCAACAACUUGUGUUAUUCUGAAUUGGGGAUAUCCCGUCUUGCCUUACUUAAAUCCUCUUUCCAGAACUGUUGCAGUCUCUUGCUAAGAAAAAAGCAGCUGAUUUCUCUUUCUGAAGUUAAUAAUAACAAUAAUAAUAAAGUUGGAAGGGACCUUGGAGGUCAUCUAGUCCAACCCCCUGCUCAGGCAGGAAACCCUAUACCCUUUCGGACAAAUGGCGGUCCAGUCUCUUCUUAAAAACUUCCAGUGUUGGAGCAUUCACUGCUUCUGGAGGCAGGUUGUUUCAAAAAGGCGGAGAUGAUCUUUAAAAAGCCCUCAAAAAACCAUCUCCGCAUUCAAACGACGCAGCAUGCGUGGAUGAAUAAAAUCCCAAAUUUUAUUUAAAAGAAUAAGGCAUUCUCAUUUCCAGAAAUGGCUCAAUGAAACUCUUCAUCUU